GGUUGCUGCUGCAACGACCCCGCGAGGGAUGCUUCUCUCACUCCCUUAUUAACUUUUUUCUAUCAGCGGUCAAAUAUUGUACAUCUAAUUCUUAAUCUACUAAACUAAUCCCUAAUCCAUCCUCGCAAUGACAAUUACUCGCGCCGAUCUAGGGCUAUCGUGCCCAUCCGGGGGUCAGUUCUACGUUUGCGACCAGGCAAAGAUUCGUUUCAUUGGCUGUUGCACUGUCGACCCGUGUGCAGAUGGCAGCGGAAGUUGCCCUCAGAGUUCUCUGUCAGGAGCGAGCUUCUCAUCAGAUCACUACGAUAGUAUAUCUCCGCAGAGCUGUGCUGCUCCUAGCAAUUCUACUCGGUGGUUUACUUGCAAGAGUGAUCAACCGCCGUUCCUUGGAUGUUGUAGCAUCAACGCAUGUCAGAACAAUGGGUGCCCAACGGCAAAUUUACUGCCAGCAACCCUGAGCGAUAACAACGGCAAUGCACAAGUUUUUCUUACCACAUCUACCCCUUCCCCAAGUUCUUCUUCUGGUUAUUCCCUUUCUCUCGGUGCGAUACUUGGAAUCGCUCUCGGAUGCGCAGCGCUCGUCGCAAUCGUUCUUGCCGUCAUGGCGUAUAGAUGCGGUUGGUUGGCAAAGCGGAGGAAACAAGGGAAAGAAGGCGACGGAGUGGCCAGUCAGUAUGGUUCAGGACCAUACUCUCCCCAUAUGUCGCCGUUCCAGGAUGGACAUCGAUCAGGGGAGCCAAGCCCUGGAUUCCCAAAUUCCGGAUUCGCGCCCUAUUCCCCUAGCCAUAGCCAGUAUCGCCACCCGCAACUUUCACCAGCACUAUCAGAUUCCUGGCAUGGGGAUAACAGGCAUAUUUCCAAUACUUCCGAAUUAAGCGGAUGGAACUCUGUGGCACCGGACCAGAAACACCACUCAUACGCCCCAUUACUAGCGCCAGCCACAGAGCUCGAGGGCCGAGACACGGAACGCCCGGUGAUAGCGGAGCUCCCCUCCUCACCAGCGAAUGUACAACGAUGAGCUCUCGGCUGAGCAUUGGAAUUUCAAAAACGGUUUAUCGAAUCAUGUACCCGGGCAGAGUAGACCGGAGUUGGGAGUUAGGGAUUACCAAUUUGACGUUCUAAAAUUAGUGUAUAUACAUUUGUAGAACCAUGGCCCUCGUACAGGCGACUACAUACUAGGUUUCUAGGCGCAAAAGCCUAUCUUGACAAUCAUAUAAGAUUGCUUGCUCAA